AUGCCGCGAGAACACCCAGCCACUGUCGCACCCGAAGAGGUUCACCGCACCUUGAGGAUCUUGAAUCGCAGGCGUCCUAUCGGCGCCGGUCCUACAACGCCCUUCACCGCUUGCCAGAGUCCCCACGAUGAGAUCCUCCGUGUCUUGCGAGAUAUGGACCGCCAGCGCGCCGAAGACCGAACCCGCCGCCGUGAAGCUCAAUCCCGAUUUGCUGCACAGACGCCGCCGCCCGCCACUCCAUCACCGAAACGACCUAGACAAGAGCAAGCGCCUCUCACUCCGCCGCCGACGCAGCCAAGGCGCUCCCCCAAAAGACCCCGGCCGAUGCGAGAAACCGUUCAACUUCAACGAGACUCUGUCGAAUCCAUACUGCAUCACUACAACGCCACUUUCCGCGUCAAGGAGCAGGCAUCAUCGACAAGAUCCUGGUGCAACGAAGUUCCGGUUGCCCUCCAGGUAGAGGCUGCUAAAUCUUUCUACCAAGCGUUUACCGAGGAACGGACGUUGCCGGUUUCCCACUGCGUCUUCUGCUAUAGGAAGACACCGCCUUGCGAACUCGCCACCAUACAGUGGAGGGAUCGCUUGUCGCCCUCCAUGCUGCAGGCGACCAAGACUGUCCAAGAGUGUGGCGCGUGCCUUCCGUCACACGAGGGCGCCAGAGUUGACGUGUGCCGCGAGUGUCGCGCCGGCUUCGACAGUGGACGGCUGCCCAAAGCCUGCUCGGUCAACAACAUGGCCAUCGGUUGCGAACAUCGGUACCCCGAAGAGCUUGAUGACCUCUCCCCCGUUGAAGAGAGACUCAUUGCCCUGCAUGCACCUUUUGGCUAUAUCACCAAGUUCACGGUCGACAACAAGACCCGUUCGGGAAUCAGCUACCGCAAGCACGUGAAAGGACACAUCGUCGUCUUCCCGAACAAAGUGGAUGAUCUUGUGGCCACGGUUCUUCCUCAUCCCUUACUGCAGGCCAUUGAGAACAUCCACGUCUCUUGGAGCGGUCCGGGCAAGCCUGGCUCCGCAGACGUCAGACACCUGCUUCAAGUGCGCAAAUCUCGAGUGGCAGCUGCCCUGGCAUGGCUGCAAAGGAACAACCCGCUCUACGAGGAUAUCGCAAUUAACCAAGCAGAGAUAGAUGGCUGGCAGUAUGCCGACGGCUCCACUGUUCCGACCGUCAUCAUGGACCGCAUGCGAAGGAGGAACCGUCGACCGUUGAGAAGACACAAACGGACCACAUAG